AUAGAAUUACACCGAGGAGUUUACUCGUUCUAAUUCAGUGAUAAAUAUAUUUGAGUGUUGUAUCAUAUACAUAAUUAUUACACACUUAAUUAUUAUGCUCAUAAUUAUGAACCAAAGUUGAACGAAAAUGAAAACAAAGGCCUGAAAAUAAAAUUUUCAAAUUCAUUUCUUUUUCUAAACUUGCAGUCAAAUAUUGGUCCAUAUGAAAUUUGUGUACCGAAACAAAACUGAGGAGUAAUUUUUGAAUUUGAAUGGCUCACAGCAGUCAAAAUAUGCUAGAGUAAACUAAAUACAAGAUAUUUUAAUCGACUACAGAAUAACACAACAUAUGUAGCAAUUUUUCACCGAAGAAAACAUCUGCCGAAUUUACACCGCUUUUGUUGUGCACUUCAAUGCUUUCUCCGGUGGAUGUAGGAGGGUCCACCCUCCACCACCAGCAUCACCAACACCACCAUCACCAUCACCACCCACCACCAUCCAUUCACCACCACCACCACCAUCCCUGGACUACAUCUGCAACCAAUCCCUUGGAUGAGAUCUCUUCUAAAGACAUCGCUGAGUACAGCCUCACCCCAUCCGGUCACAGUGGAGUUAACCAGCUGGGCGGCGUGUUCGUGUCGGGGCGGCCGCUGCCGGACACCACGCGCCAGAAGAUCAUCGAACUCGCGCACUCCGGCGCGCGUCCGUGCGAUAUCUCGCGCAUACUGCAGGUCUCCAACGGCUGCGUAUCCAAGAUACUCGGCAGGUACUACGAGACGGGCAGCAUCAGGCCGCGGGCCAUCGGUGGCAGCAAGCCACGCGUGGCCACCGCCGAAGUGGUGGCCAAAAUAUCGCAGUUCAAGCGCGAGUGUCCGUCCAUCUUCGCCUGGGAGAUCCGGGACAGACUUAUGUCCGAGGCCGUGUGUGGUGCGGACACCAUACCCAGCGUUUCUUCCAUCAACCGCGUGCUCAGGAAUCUCGUGCCGAGCAAGGAAGGUUCCAGCAAUCCUGAGUCACCGCAAUCAUCCAACAACAACAGUAACAACAACAGCGUCACCAACACAAUGCCUUGUAACAACAAUAAUACCAACAGCACUCCAAUAACGGCCAAUGACGUCAACAACGUUUCCGAUAUCGUCACAAGCGUUCCAGAUAUAAAUCCCGUGUCAGAUGUCAAUAACGUGUCAGAUAUCAAUAACGUUACGAACGUCUCAGAAAUAAACAAUGUAUCUGAUAUGAAUAACGCAUCGGAAGUUAAUCCUGCCAUUGAUGGCUCCAGAAAUAACGUAAAACCUUGCGACGUUGACGUGGCGUCAGCGACUGGGAAUGGGAAUAUCAAUUCCAGUUGUGAAUGUCCGAGUGGGAAUCCAAGAAGUGAACCUGCGUACGACCGCCUCAGACUUCUCCAUCACAACCCUACCUCGCAGUGGUCAACCCGGCAUGGCUGGGCGGGGGAUCUACAAGACUUGGACAGCCAAAGAAUUAUCGUCGGCGCGAUAAAGCUCUACACGUCUCAAGGGCUUCUCAUUGAGCCUGAGAUGUGUGGCGGCAUCUGGCAUUUAGAAAUCAUCAGUGCCAUCAACUGCCAGAUGGCUAAUUUGGUGGCAUUCGCCAGCCAAUGGCGAGGCACCGCCCCUCGCAUUUCCAGCCUACCGCAGGUCAAGAGGGGAGGCACCGUGCGCAGAACGUCCCAGCAACAGACGUCCCAGCAACAGACGUCCCAGCAACAGACGUCUCAGCAACAGACGUCCCAGCAACAGACGUCCCAGCAACAGACGUCCCAGCAACAGACGUCCCAGCAACAGACGUCCCAGCAACAGACGUCCCAGCAACAGACGUCCCAGCAACAGACGUCCCAGCAACAGACGUCCCAGCAACAGACGUCCCAGCAACAGACGUCCCAGCAACAGACGUCCCAGCAACAGACGUCCCAGCAACAGACGUCCCAGCAACAGACGUCCCAGCAACAGACGUCCCAGCAACAGACGUCCCAGCAACAGACGUCCCAGCAACAGACGUCCCAGCAACAGACGUCCCAGCAACAGACGUCCCAGCAACAGACGUCCCAGCAACAGACGUCCCAGCAACAGACGUCCCAGCAACAGACGUCCCAGCAACAGACGUCCCAGCAACAGACGUCCCAGCAACAGACGUCCCAGCAACAGACGUCCCAGCAACAGACGUCCCAGCAACAGACGUCCCAGCAACAGACGUCCCAGCAACAGACGUCCCAGCAACAGACGUCCCAGCAACAGACGUCCCAGCAACAGACGUCCCAGCAACAGACGUCCCAGCAACAGACGUCUCAGCAACAGACGUCCCAGCAACAGACGUCCCAGCAACAGACGUCCCAGCAACAGACGUCCCAGCAACAGACGUCCCAGCAACAGACGUCCCAGCUAGCGACGCUCGUCGAUCGAUGCGCGAGCAGCGCGGGAAUGUAA